CGUCGCGCCCGCCCUCCUCGUCGGCGAGCGGGCGCCAAAGUCGACCGACGCGAUGACCGUCCUCGCGCGCGCCGCGCUCGUCAUGUGCCUGCUAGCGUCCGCGCCGUUCCGCGCCGCCGCGGCGACCGCGAAGGCGUCGUCCACGCUCCUGAGCAAGCUGAACGCGUACGAGAUCGUUACCCCCGCGGACGUCGUCCGUCUCGGCGCGGAAGACGAGAGGCACCCCGCGUCGAUGACGCUCGCGCUCGACGCGUUCGGCGCGCGCGUGGAGCUCCUUCUUCGUCGGAACGACGACCUGUUCCACGAGCGCUACCGCGCGUCGACGCUUCACGCGAACGGGACGGCGACGGUGACGAGCGCGCACCCGGGGACGGAUCACUGCCACUACCACGGCGAGGUGACGAACGAGGACGCCGCGCCGGGGGGGAAGUCCGUGGUCGCGUUUUCGACGUGCGACGGCUUGAGAGGCAAAGUGUUCACGCGCGCGCACACGCUGACGAUCGAGCCCGCGCAUUUGCACGUGGAAGGGCACGACGUCGCGGACGCGAUCGACCCGCGCGCGGACAGGCUGCGCACGAAAGUCGUCGUCUUCCGAGAGGAGGACAGGAAGUCCCCGCUCGUGAUCGACGGCGGCGGCGCGGAGGCGCCGCUUCCGCCGAUGCGAUUCGUCGAUACCGACGGCGACGCGGUCGGCGACGGCGACUUCACGCCGUGGGAUUGGGAUCCCGCGCGGGAUGUCGCCGAGGUCGCCGCGGUCCCAGUCCCGGGGUACGCGAAGGAUAUGAUGCGUCGUUUCGGACGCGCGCGCGGACGGCGGCGGCUGUCGGCGGAGACGGGCACCGUGACGCUCGAGCUCCUCGUCGUGAACGACCGCGAGCGGUAUCUGGAGUACACCGGCGUGGGGUCUAAUCUGGCGGCGAUGGAGGCGGACUCCGUGACGGUCGUGAACCUGGUCGCCGCGCUGUGGAAGGACAUCUCCACGCCGCAGUUUAUCGUGUCUCUGGUCGGUCAGUACAGCAACACGGGGGCGUCCAACGCGCACACGACGGACGCGGACGCGACGACGCUGCUCACGAAUUUCAACACGUGGAGAGGGACGAACAUCGGGACGCUCACGAAGCACGACACCGCGCACCUGUUCAGCGGCGUGGACUUCACGCACGAAGGGAGCUCCGGCGUGAUCGGCCUAGCGUGGCAGCGAGGCGUUUCGGAAAACCCGAAGCGGUACGCCUCCAGCGUGUGCGAACUGAGAGACUACUGCCCCUACGUCGCCUCGGGCUACUGCUACUCUCCGAACGGCGACGGAAACUUUCAGUGCUGUUACGACUACGUCGCCGGCGCGAUAUCGGAGGUGUCCAUAAACGACAACACGGACGCGUCCGUGACGGUCGCGCACGAGAUCGGGCACCAGGUGGGCUUCAUGCACGACGGCUCCUCCGCGGACGGCACCGGAUCGUGCGCGUCGGGCGGAUCCAUCAUGGGGGCGUACCUCUCCAGCGGCAUCGACGCGUGAAGCGCCUGCUCGAAGAGCACGUACGACACGAACAUCGGGUGCCUCGCGAGCUCGGCCGUCGAAGACUUCGCGUGCCUCGCGCGGUCGGGCGACGUCACGACGUGCCCGCCGGAGGACGAAGAGGAGUGGGAAUUUUACUUGCUGUACGCCGUCGUCGCCGCGGUCUUCGUCGCCGGCGUCGUCGUCUUCAUCGCGUGGUGGAUGGGACGGUGCUGCGGGCGGGCGCGACGCGGCGGCGGGAGGGAGACCGCGACGACGACGACCGCGUCGCAUCAGCAGCAGGUGCAGAUGAUGCAGACGUUCAACUACGGGUACCCGGUGAUGCCAGGGCCCGGGGCCGCGCCCAUGCCUGCGCCCGCGUACGGGUAUCCGGUGGUGCCCGGUCCUGGGCCCGCGCCCGCGCCCGCGCCCGCGCCCGCGCCGCCCGCGCAGGGGUACGCCGUGGAGCCGCCCGCGGCGUCGGAUCCGGUCUCCCCGAGCGCGCCGCCGAAGAGCUUGGCGUAGCGGCGUUAAGUUACGUUUGAAAGAUGCGUCUCAACGCUUAUCAUAAGGUUAACACGC